AUGAUUUACUAUAGACUGACUUCUUCAAUUUUUACGAGAAACAUCUCUUUGAGGCGAUUCAAUCAUCAGCGAAAUAUCUCAAUUAGUAACCCCCCUCCAAAUGCUAAAGUUUUAUCCAUUAACUCAUUGAAAGAGAAGCUACUCGCCCAGAAAGCGAAAACUCCUGUUAUCACCCAUAAAAUAACUAAGAAAGCAAAGAUAAUAGGCUCAAAAACAUUUGAUAAGCAAACUACUGCUAAUAUAUUAUAUGAAAAAUUCAAGACAGACUUUCAAAUUCUACCUACGACUCAAAUACAAAUAUCAGGAACUAAUAAUUUCUUCAAUACUUCUAAAGUCCAGCUUCUUUGGUCAGUUGAGAACUUUGAAGACAUACCUAACGAAAAACUUCGUACAGAGCAACAAUUUUUACAAUCCGAUAAUAAAGAUCAAGACUUUCAGGUUUCAACUGAUACCAAUUUUGAUGAGCUUUCCACAACUCCAAGAAAGAAACACCAGCUGGAAGAUCCAGUUGAAGAAAUCAGCGCGACCGAGGAACUUGAUCGCCUUAAAAAUGAGCAUUACAAGGUACAUCAUAAACGCAAGUUACAUCUAGAUUCAUCUCUUAUAAAAUCAUUACCAGAAAUUGCACUUGUGGGUAGAUGUAAUGUUGGAAAAUCGACUCUUUUAAACUCCAUUUGCACUGCUAUUUCCAAAAGCGAGAACGAAGAACAUGCUUACGCUUCCAAGCGAGCUGGGUUUACCAAAUCAAUAAAUUGCUUCAAUAUCGGUGGCCGGUUUAGGCUCAUUGAUACUCCAGGAUAUGGGGUCAUGGGCACAAAGAAACAGGGAACAGAAAUAACCAAAUAUCUUGUCAAUAGAAAAGAACUAAUGAAGGUUUAUGUUUUGAUUAAUGCUGAGCAUGGAUUCACUGGGAACGACUAUGAGGUAAUAUUUGGAUUACUUGGAGCCCAUGGAAUACCAUAUAGUAUUAUUUUUACUAAAAUUGACAAGCUUAAGAGGGCGAGUUUGGAUAAACAUAUUCAAGAAUUUGAAGAAUUGAUGAAGGAAAAUGAAGUUGAUGUAUUACCUGAUUAUUUCUUUACUAGCUCUGAGCCAAAGCGAGGUAGAAGACAAGGAAUUACGGAAGUAAGAUUUGAUUUCCUUAAUGCUUGUGGAUUUCAACUGAAUAUCAAGCCUAGUAAAACUGGUAAAAAAACCACCAGGGAAUUAUGA